CCCCCCCCACCCCCUGCCUACACAUCUAUUUUUUCCGAUUCACCUAACCGAAUUAGUGAUCCGAGAGUGCGUAUAAUAUUCUUCAAUAACCCCCCCCCCCUCCCCCUAAUCCAUCUUUCCGGCCAUUUCCCUCAUUUCCCAUGUGUUACUAUGAAAAGUAAGCAGUCUAGCGCGGAACCCGAGUCAGGCGCCGGUGUGUGGUGGGGGGAGGGGGGAAUAGUGAAAGAUACAAGACACAUAAGGGGCCCUCCCGGGUUUUGA